CGUGUGGGGAACGGGAACGGGAGCGGGAGCGGGCGUUGCCGCUCGGCCGCGGCUCGGCCCCGGCCACGCUGGCGCCCGGGGACCCUCCCGAGAUGCCGGUGCGGAGCGAACGGUGCCGUGCGGGCGGCGCGGCGGGUUCGGCCUCCUCACCUCCCUCGGGGGCGGCCGCUAGUAGUCUGGUACCGCCGCCUCCCAUCAACACGGCGCAGCCCGGGGUGGCCACUUCGCUGCUUUAUAGCGGUGCCAAGUUUCGCGGGCAGCAGCGCAGCAAGGGCAAUGCCUACGAGGUGGAGGUCGUCAUGCAGCAUGUGGAUAUGGAAAACUCCUAUCUCUGUGGAUACUUGAAGAUUAAAGGCCUUACAGAGGAGUACCCAACCCUCACCACUUUCUUUGAAGGCGAAAUAAUCAGUAAAAAGCACCCUUUCUUAACACGCAAGUGGGAUGCUGAUGAAGAUGUGGAUCGUAAACACUGGGGGAAGUUCCAGGCUUUUUACCAGUAUGCAAAAACAUUUAACUCUGAUGACUUUGAUUAUGAAGAUCUGAAAAAUGGGGACUAUGUCUUCAUGAGAUGGAAGGAACAAUUCCUAGUCCCAGAUCACACUAUCAAAGACAUCAGUGGUGCUUCCUUUGCUGGUUUCUAUUACAUCUGCUUCCAGAAGUCAGCAGCAUCUAUAGAGGGCUAUUACUACCAUAGGAGUUCAGAAUGGUAUCAGUCAUUGAAUUUAACUCAUGUUCCUGAGCACAGUGCUCCUAUCUACGAAUUCCGAUGACAGCUGUCAGAACUGAUACCACACAGAAGCAAACCGGGCAGGAGAGCAUGGCCUGCCAGGAGAACUGUGUCCCUGUCGGAGCACGGGAAUGCACGCUUCUCUCCUGCCCCUCGGACUCGUGAGAGAGAGCCUGAAUGUUAACCCACCCAGCCCAAGGAGCGUGGCUGCUGGAGCUUGAUUCUCCCUCCUGUCGAGUGGCGAUUUGAUCUUUAAUCUGGUUUUAAGCUACCUUUAAAUGCACUUUCUUAUUGCACAGCUAGUUUCUCUAUCACUGAAGUUCCUCCUGGCUCUCCUCUGGAAGCUGUUUCUCAGUAGCUGGAAUCAGUGGUCUGUCCUCUGAGUAAUAAGAAAAUAUAAGCUCAAUGCUUAUGUUUUCAUUGUUACAGCCUGAUAUGGGUUGAAACCGCCAGGACUCAGGUUUGUUGCCCAGAUUGCCAGCUCUGAUGCUCCCAGAGCUGGGUCCCGUGUGUGAUGCUCUGCUUGGCAGAGAACUGCUCAGCUGCAGAGUCUGUGGGGGGGAGUGUUGGCUGAGACAGAUAAGGCUUGAACAAGCCUUUGCUUCGCGCUGGCUAACGAGGUUAGCUGGAGCUGCAGAUCUUUCAGGAAUGCCGGCCCUUUGGAGCUGGGAGCUGUUCCGGUGUCUGGAUACGCCACUGGGAAUUAAUUUGAUGUAUGGACUUCCAGGCUCUCAGUAAAGUGGAUCUGAACUCUGCUUAUAGGUGUAUAUUUGCUCUUUACUUAAGUUAAGGGUAAAAAAGAAAAAAAAGGAAAAAAAAAAAAUACUUUUAUUAAAAAAAUUAUAUAUUUUUAUGGUUCCUUUUCCAAAGGACCCUAUGGCAAAUGCACAAGUACUCAAUUACAUUUUACCGUUUUCACAUUGAAAACCGGGAAUGUCUGUGUUAGUUUUUAUAUAUGUGUAUGCUAGCCACUUUGGGAAAGUAACAGGAGUACAAGUGUUGAGCAGCAUCACAGGGAUAGCUCUGGGACUGUUCAGCAUUUGUACUUGCUCUUCAUGCUUCACCAACACCACUGCUUGAUACCUUUUUACAAGGCAAAAACAAGAA